AUGUCUACCGUCUCAGCAAACGCACAGGAGAGCUCGCGACCGCCCAUCAUUCCAAAAUCCUUCUCUGCCAGACAACCAGAAACAAUCCGGCUCUAUCCCCUCUCAAACUAUACAUUUGGUACCAAGGAAACACAGCCUGAAGAAGACCCUUCGGUAUUAGCAAGAUUAAAGCGACUAGAAGAACACUAUGAGCAGUAUGGAAUGAGGCGAACGUGUGAGGGCGUGCUCGUCUGCCAUGAGCAUAAUCAUCCGCACGUGUUGAUGCUGCAGAUUGCGAAUGCUUUUUUCAAAUUGCCAGGCGAUUAUCUACAAUAUAAUGACGAUGAAGUCGAGGGCUUCAAGGCGCGAUUAAAUGAACGCCUGGCGCCUGUUGGGACGCAAUUCACGGGUGAAGGCGUGAAUGAGGACUGGGAAGUUGGCGACACCCUGGCGCAGUGGUGGAGACCAAACUUCGAGACAUUUAUGUACCCCUUCCUUCCUGGACACGUCACGAGGCCCAAGGAGUGCAAGAAGUUAUAUUUUAUACAGCUACCAAAGAAGAAGGUGUUAUCGGUCCCUAAGAACAUGAAACUUCUCGCCGUUCCCCUUUUCGAGCUAUACGACAACACUGCUCGAUACGGCCCACAACUCUCCGCUAUUCCCCAUUUGUUAUCAAGAUAUAACUUCGAAUUCGUCGAUGAAAAUGAUAAUGUUGUUGCUGUAACACCCGGAGACCAGUCUCCUACUUCGUUGCCUGAAUCCAUUCCCCGAACAAAAGUGCUGACCGGUGAAGGUAAUGGCAACCAUGAUGGACAAGAUACAGGGAUGGAUGACUUUGGAGGUGGAGAUAUAGAGGUAUAG